GCAUCUGCUAGUUGUUUGAUGUUCCUGAUCCGUCAUUCAAGCCCAGAUUCGCUCUCCUGCAGACCUAUUCAAUAAUUUAAGUUGCAAGAACCGACUGUGCGGUACAGUUUCAGCUCUCAGCAGUAAAAUGAAUCACCAUGUGUUAUACCGAAGCAAGCUUCCUUUCCUGGUGCAGUAGCAGCCGAAAUCCUGGCGUUCCUCUAUGUUCCUUGUCCAAUCCGAGGAUUCAGCUUCAGGUAACUCAAUCACUAGUCAUAACGGUGUAUUUAUGCCUCUCUCUUAUUUUGUACCCUGCGGCGCAAGCUCAAAUGUCCUAUGAUACUCCCCAAAACGCCCAUUUCGGACAGAAGCAUAUCCCUUGAACGCUUUGUCUUCUUUCUGACAUAUUAACAGCGUCUUGUGACCUACUCCCUUUACUUCUUUAGUUAUCUUCGCUUGCUUGAG